CUGCUGGGGCGGAGCCUGGCGUCCCCACCAGCGUCCGGCCGCGCCCGUCCUCCCGGCUGCGAAGGGACGACUGACCGCUGCCGCCUCCGCGAGCUGUCCCUGCGGCGCGCCUUCCCCAGCGGGACCGGUCUCACUGCGCCCGGGCGCCCCGCGCGUCCCCAGCCUCCGCCCCAGCGUGGGGGCGCCGGGCCCGCGCGUGCGCAGCGCGGGAGGGGCGCGGGCCGGGACCCCCGCCCGGCGCGUGCGCGGACGCAGCGCUGGGCGGCGGGCGGGCACCGGGAUGAGUCUCGGCGCGCUGUGGCAGCACUGAGGAAGCCGGGGGCCGAGAGGAGCGCGGGGCCGCCCGUGCCGGGCCGGGCCAUGGCGUUCCUGGCCGGGCCGCGCCUGCUGGACUGGGCCAGCUCGCCACCGCACCUGCAGUUCAACAAGUUCGUGCUGACGGGCUACCGGCCGGCCAGCAGCGGCUCGGGCUGUCUACGCAGCCUCUUCUACUUGCACAACGAGCUGGGCAACAUCUACACGCACGGGCUGGCCCUCCUAGGCUUCCUGGUACUGCUGCCGAUGACCAUGCCUUGGGGGCAGCUGGGCAAGGAUGGCUGGCUGUGGGGCACACACUGUGUGGCCUGCCUGGCCCCGCCCACAGGCUCUGUGCUCUAUCAUCUCUUCAUGUGCCACCAAGGGGGCAGCCCUGUGUAUACUCGGCUCCUUGCCCUGGAUAUGUGUGGGGUCUGCCUUGUCAACACCCUCGGGGCUCUGCCCAUCAUCCACUGCACCUUGGCCUGUAGGCCCUGGCUGCGCCCAGCCGCCCUGGUGGGCUACACCGUGCUGUCGGGCGUGGCUGGCUGGCGGGCCCUCACCGCUCCCUCCACCGGCGCCCGGCUCCGCGCCUUCGGUUGGCAGGCUGCCGCCCGCCUCCUGGUGUUCGGGGCCCGAGGAGUGGGGCUGGGCUCUGGGGCUCCGGGCUCCCUGCCCUGCUACCUGCGUAUGGACGCACUGGCACUGCUCGGGGGGCUGGUGAACGUGGCCCGCCUGCCGGAGCGCUGGGGACCCGGCCGCUUUGAUUACUGGGGCAACUCGCACCAGAUCAUGCACCUGCUCAGCGUGGGCUCCAUCCUCCAGCUGCACGCGGGCGUCGUGCCCGACCUGCUCUGGGCCGCCCGCCACGCCUGCCCCCCGGACUGAGCCACCUGGCGCCCGCUACGCCGGCCUCUCUACAGUCUUCUAGGACCAAGAGUAUGCUUCGCUCCUUCUGCUGGUGUGCAAGGGGCUGACUCCCCGGAUGCUUCCAGCAAACGGGACUUGCCAGCUGGGAGCCUCAUCUGUUUGUCCGUUCUUCCCUGUGGACAAGGACCAGCCUCUUCUACCCACACCUCGGAGCUCAGCUUCCCCUCCUUGCCUUCUUUCGGGGUACUGUGGAGGCUAGAAGGAAACCUUUCCUUCCUGGACCUCAGUUGAUCUUCUGUGACCUAUGAGGGUAUGGCCAGAGGGACUCUGGGGUCACGUCUUAGCUGUGACGGAAUUCUACCGGCCCAGAGCUGUCAUUCCACCCUGCCCCACACAUAAGGUACCUCAUGGGUGCCUUGCCCGGCCCUCAGCCCUAUUUCCUGACCUGUGUCUGCUCUGCGUGUCAGCCCUCCCGGCAGCCUGAGGCUCACCUUCGCCUUCUCCUUUCUGUCCAGAGACUGUGGAGUGAGGGGUUUGGACCACAAGAGCAGCCUCUUAUCCCAGGACCAAGGGGUAGGAGGGGGGCUGCAGCUGCUGCAUCCGAGCACAGAGACAUGACGACCUGAGCGGGCUGAGGGCCCGCCCUCCACCCUGACUGCCAUACUCUGAUGGCUCGAUCAACACGCCGGGGACGUGCCUGCUCAGGCAGUCUCUGCCCCACACGGCGCAUGCUCCUAGCUCCAGUGUGCUGGCCUGGGGCCCUGCAUCAGGGCUCAGCCACGGCCCAUCCCAGGGCCGCAGACCCUGGGCAGCAUCAAUAAAUGGGGCAGGAAGAGCCGUUGCCACACAAGCAA